AUGAGUGUCUGCAGCUGUCAUCAGGAUCAUCCACCAGGGUCAUCCACCAAGGUCAUCCACACGGGUCAUCCACACGGGUCAUCCAUCAGUGGUCAUCCAACAGGGCUCAGCAUGUUGUCAUAUAUCGAGUUAUAUCAAUUUUGCGUUAUUUAUUACAGGAGAGUGCAAAUUGAGGAGUCGCUAUAUAAUUUUGUUUUAUUUAUUUCAGGUUUGUGCAAGUUAAGGAGUCGAUUAAGCGUGCCCGGGAAGGCGUUUUGUUUGUUUGCGUGGCCAAUAUCGGGGAGAGUGCAAAUUGAGGAGUCGCUAUAUAAUUUUGUUUUAUUUAUUUCAGGUUUGUGCAAGUUAAGGAGUCGAUUAAGCGUGCCCGGGAAGGCGUUUUGUUUGUUUGCGUGGCCAAUAUCGGGGAGAGUGCAAAUUGAGGAGUCGGAUUGUGCAAGUAGAGGAGUCGGUGUCUGCAGCUGUCAUCAGGAUCAUCCACCAGGGUCAUCCACCAAGGUCAUCCACACGGGUCAUCCACACGGGUCAUCCAUCAGUGGUCAUCCAACAGGGCUCAGCAUGUUGUCAUAUAUCGAGGUUUAAUU